AUGGGCGGCGGCCGCGGCGGGCCGCCGGGAGCGGGCGAGGGGCGCCGGGCGGCGGCGGCGGCGGCGGUGGCGGUGGCGGCGGGGCGCGGGCACAACAGGAAGUCGCGCCGGGAGCCGCCCGGCCCGGCCCCGUGCCGUGCACCGCCCCGCUCGGGCUCCGCUCGGCCGCCGCCGGGGGCGCUGUGCGCGGGGCCGGGCCCGGGGAGCCGGGGACGCCGUGCGCACGGGACCGGGGCGGGGCGGCCGAGGGAGCUGCGCGCCGAGGGGGACCGGAGGUCCGGGGCGCUCCUCCGGGGGCCGGGCCGGGGAGCCGGAGGCUCUGGGAGCCGGGGACGCCGGGUGCAGGGUCCGCGGCCUGGAUCCAGAGGAGAGGGCUGCAGACCAGUGAGGAGGUGUGGAUGCCCAGUGAACAAACAUCAGGUGGAUCUUGAAGCCUUGGAAUGUGAGGGGCCACCCUCUGAAUGUUCGAAGGCGAGAGGCAUGGAAAGUGGGUGUCCCUCAGCCUUGUAUUAUAAAGUCCCAGAUGAUGACAUCUCUGAAAAUCAGCUGGCAGGGAGGGGCAGCCAGCCUGCUGCCACCGACUUCCUGGGGACCCUGGAGAUGCUCUCUACCAAAAGGGACAUCCUAGAGGCCCCGGAGGAGGAAGAGGAGUCCGAGGGUCCCCCCAGGGAGCAGGACUUGAAGGAGGCCUACAUCCAGCUGGUCCGAGGCGUGCAGGAGUGGCAGGACGGCUGUGUGUACCAAGGGGACUUCGGGCUGGACAUGAAGCUGGGAUACGGUGAAUUCUCUUGGCCCACGGGCGAGUUGUACCGCGGGCAGUUUUACCGGGACCACCGCCACGGGCUGGGCACCUACCAGUGGCCCGACGGUUCCAGCUUCACUGGCAUGUUUUACCUCAGCUACCGAGAGGGCUACGGCACCAUGUACCUGAAGACCAGGCUCUUCCAGGGGCUGUACAAAGCGGACCAACGGUUUGGGCCGGGCGUGGAGACCUACCCGGACGGCAGGCAGGACGUCGGGCUGUGGGUCCGGGAGCACCUCAUCAAGCUGUGCACGGAGGUUCCCCGCAGCUUCUCCAUCCACAACUACCCCGAGUACUCGGGCUUCCUCACUCACUCUCCUGCUAGACUCAGCCUCUCGGAUGAGGAGAAGGUGGACUGGGACCAGCCGGAGGGACAGGACCCCUUUUUCUACGACUAUAAGCGGUUUCUUCUGAACGAUGACCUGACUCUGCCUCCAGAAAUGCACAUUUACUCGACCGACAACAGCCACCUGCCCAUGACCUGCUCUUUCCGCAAAGAAUUAGACGCCCAAAUCUUCCUUAAUGACAUUCCUCCAUUUGCUGAGGAUGAGGAGCCCUGGUUUAUAAAAAAUGAGACCCCUCUGAUGGUCAAAAUCCAGAAGCAAACCUACAAAUACAGGAACAAGAAAGCCCACACCAGCUGGAACAUGGGUGCCAUCUUGGAGGGGGACCGGAGCGGCUUUGCGCACCAUGGGCCCAAGGAGCAGCUCUCCAAGGAGAUGAUCCUGCGGGCCGAGGAAGGGGACUACGACUGGAUCUGCAGGAUCCUCAGGGAUGACCUCGCCAGCGCCGAUGUGGCCGAUGCCAAGGGCUACACUGUGCUCGCUGCGGCCACCGUUCACUGUCACACUGACGUUGUCAACCUUCUGCUGGACGGCGGGGCCGACGUGAACAAGUCCACGGACGAGGGCCUCACGCCGCUCGGCAUGUGCUUCCUCCUCUACUACCCGUCCACGUCCUUUAAGCCCAACGUCGCUGAGAGGAUGGUGCCCACGUCCCACGUCAGCCCCGUGGCCCUGCAGCUCCCAGCACUGUGCCCCGCCUACCAUCCGCCUGUCCGUCUCUCCACCCAGCAGUGCACCUCCCCCCGCCUUGCACAGGAAGCUCCAAAUAUGCCCGUAAAUCCCAACCUUGCCUUCUCAUUCCCUGAAAUGGCCAUGGAGUCCAUCUGUUUCAAGGACCUGGCGCCCACCCCGGGCAGCCAGGAGCAGAAGUCCAUCGUGUGGGGCAGCGAGGAGGACCGUCUCUCCCCGGGUGCCCGGCUGUCCCAGGAGUCCCCCGACCUGGGGAGCAGCCCUCGGAAGCAGGACUUGUCACCGUGGGACAGUUCCAGUGACCUGGAGAAGGGGCCGGAUGGCACGGAGGGGAGUCUGGACAGGUGCACGCUGGGCAGCCAGGAGACGGACUUCGAGUCCGCCGUCUGUGUGUGCGACUUCUCCUUCGGGCGGUCCCAGGACCUCCUGGAGAGGAGCGCCCAGGCCCACAGCAUGCCGAAGGCCCCCUCCUUCAGCGCCACCGGCUUCGACAAGGGCACCAUGAGGAAGACGGCGCUGGCCGUGGCGGAACGCAGGACCAGGUGGCUGACCAUCGAGCUGCUGCUGCACCGAGGCGCGGACCCCAACCUGUGCCGCGUGCCCAUGCAGGCCCUUUUUUUUGCCGUGAAGGCUGGGGACGUGGCCGGGGUGAGGCUGCUGCUGGAGAACGGGGCCAGGACCGACAUCCAGCUCCCGGCUGAGGUUUACCGAUUGGACUCUGCCUUGGGAACUAAGCUGGGGGCCCUGACCCCCCUGCACAUCGCAGCCGCCCUUCCCGGGGAGGAGGGCGUCAGGAUAACGGAGCUGCUCCUGCACACUGUCACCGACGUGGACGCCAGGGUGGCCGACGAGGAUGACGUGUACAAGCCGAGCAAGCUAGACCUGUUGCCUUCAAGCCUGAAGCUCAACAAUGAAGCGGGCCCGGCCGGCAUCUACCACAGCAGGCCUACGUGUGUGCCGGAUGAGGGGGGCAGGACGGCCCUGCACGUGGCCUGUGAGCGUGAGGACAGCUACAAGUGUGCCAGGGACAUAGUCCGGCUCCUCCUCUCCCACAGAGCGAACCCCAACGUGCUGUGGAGCGGCCACUCCCCUCUCUCCUUGUCCAUCGCCAGUGGCAACGACCUGAUCGUGAAGGAGCUUCUGUCCCAUGGAGCUGACCCCAACCUGCUGCUGACCAGAGGCUUGGGCAACGCCUUGUGUGUCGCCUGUGACCUCACCUAUGAGCACCAGAGGAGCAUGGACAGCAAGCUGGCCCUGAUUGACCAGCUCAUUGAUCACGGGGCUGACAUCCUGAACCCUGUGACGCUCACACAGGGGGACAAGGUGGCUGUGGGCACGGCUGUCGAUUACGGGUACUUCAGAUUCUACCAGGACCGGAAGAUCGCCCACUCUCCUUUCUACGCGCUGACGCCACUGGACCGGGAGGUCCUCCUGGCCCGGAAGCAGAUCCUGGAAUACAUGGGCUUGCAGCUGCGCCGCGCUGUCUUCGCCAAGGAGAGCCAGUGGGACCCGAAGGUGCUGUACCUGAGCAAAAGAGCGGAGCUGACCCCCUACCGCAGGCUGAAGCAGAAAAGCACCAGCCCGUCCAAGGAGCUCCACUUGGAGGAGCAGGAGCCGAUCCCCUUCUUCAGGUUCUGCUACCAGUGCGGCCGCUCCGUUGGGGUGCGCCUCGUGCCCUGCACCCGCUGCUACGGAAUCCUGACCUGUAGCAAGAACUGUAAGACCAGGGCCUGGGGUGGCUUCCACAAGAGGGACUGUGGCAGCCUGUUGGCCAUCGUUCCCGGUCCGGAGGCCCACCUGGAGGAAUCGCACCUGCCGGAAGAAUCUCAGUAACGGCGUGAUGCCCGAGGCCCGGGAGGGCCCUGCGCGGCGGCUGGCGGGGGGCAGGCGGUCUGCACCCGUGGGGCUGUGCGUGGCAAUGUAUCCCUCCUGGCCUCGCAAUAAAGUGGCCCCACUGGGGAUGUUUUUAACCCCUUCUGCCUUGCUCCGCCCCGACCCUAGGGUCUCCCUGGCCGUCCCUGCCCGGCGUCUGCCAGGAGACGGGCACGCUGGGUGGAUGAGGGUCACUGCUGGAGCGCCGUCCAGAGGUGACUGUGGGGGGGGGGGGUCACUCCUGCGCCCGGGGGGAUGUUUGGGGCCCCUUUCCAGGGGCUCCCAGCCCUGGGUCUCCAUCGGUUCUGUUCCUGCUCAGAGACUCCAGGCCCCCUGCUCCCUACUGGUGUCCGGGGCGUUCAUUUCUUCCACGUGCAUUUGCUGAGUGUCUGUGUGGGUCAGGCACGCUCUAGAGGGCACGGUGCAUGUGGAAUUCACCUGUGACUGAGAUGGAGGUGACCGUGGGGGUGCCUGUGGGUCGUCGGCGUGGUUGCAGCGAUGCUGGGCCGUGGGUGGUGGGUCUGCUUUCCUGGAGGGGUGGGGGGAAAGGGCCAGUGAGGUCUGAGGACUGGGGUGUGACUGCUCAGAGCACUAGGUGGUGGGCGUGUGCAGGGGGCGGGGAGUGGGGCGGGCACGUGGGAGGAAUGGUUGGGAAAGAGGGGGGCACUGAGCCCGUGUGGGGACCCCAACAAGGCCGGCUUUUGGCUGGUCAAGGCAGCCCUGCCUGGGGCUGUGGUUUUGCCUGAUUUCCUUGGUCUCUUGUCAGAGCUGGGGCUCCUUGGUGGCAAGCUGGCCGGGGGGGCUCCCAGGCGAUGCUCCCAUAAGGGGGUGAGGAAGGCGCCUGGGCAGGAGGAGAAAGGGCCGUGAGUGGAGCUGUGCGGCUUUGUAUCAGCCCCGGAGAGGCACGCGACCCUCCCCGCCACACACGUAUCUGAAAGUGGGGGCUCGGUCGAUAGGUUCUAAACGUAGCCACAGACAUCUUUCUAUGCUAUUAAAAGUUUUUCUGCAACAUAAUUUUCCCCAAAUGAAGAUGAUUUUUAUUCUGAUGAUGCACGUGUUUAUACACCUAUUGUUUAAAAAAGAACGCAACGGGGGCGCUUGGGGGGUUCAGUCGGUUAAGCAUCCGACUUCCGCUCAGGUCUUGAUCUCACGGCUCCUGAGUUCGAGCCCCGCGUGGGGCUCUGUGCUGACGGCUAGAGCCCGGAGGCUACUUCGGAUUCGGUCUCCCUCUCUCUCUGCCCCUUAGGGAGCAAAUACAAAACAAAUGUGACACCACAGUAAAAUAAACCAUUGGAAAUCGUCCUAGUCUUACUACUCAAGGAUACCCUGAACAUACCAGGUUCUAACCUGUCGUUGUGCGUGUGCACACACGGGUUUUUUCACGUGUCCUUCCAUUUGUUUUUAAUUAAACGACCCAUUUUGUGACCUC